AUGACCCAACCGGAACGGUCAGCGAUUCCCGCCCCCGUUGGCCCUGGACCGACAUGGGUUUACCGACCAGCCAGGUGA